AUGCUAACCAGAGUUUCUUCGCAGCCAUAUCUUCAUGAAUCUCGUCAUCAGCAUGCUAUGAGAAGAGCAAGAGGUAACGGAGGGCGUUUUGCAAAGAAAACUGAUGUCGAAGUUUCAAAACACACGAACAAGGAAAAGGAUACGGGUGCAGCAGUUCCAGUUUCAUUGCCACAGUCAGUUAGUUCAUCUGGGUUGGGACCAGUACCCUCUGAAGUGCAUGAGAGAUUUGAAAAACACAAUUACGCAAAUGUUUUGCAGUCAUCAUCUGCGUUCUGUUUGCACUCCGGUGAGAGAGUAGAGGAGGGAGACUGUUCAGGUCAACAACGAGGAAGCAUCUCCUCUGAGCAAAGCUCACAGAGGCGUCUUGCUAUUCAGUAAAUCACUGCGUCGGUUGAUGGUGAGGUUGGUGUAUAAUUGAGGGAAGUAGUUGUUUGAGUCGAAUACCAUAAACAUUGGCAAUUUGCAUGCCGAGCGGCAAAUCAUUCUUGGCUGUGUUUAUGCUGGUCAUCAUAUGGGGAGAAGAAUGAUUGAUUGGACCAUGAUGUUUGUCUUGUUGAACUCAACCAAUCCUUCGUUAUAUUCUCUAUUUUGUUUUCUAUUUUGUACAAUGUUAAGCAGUUAGGAAAGUCAAGCCAACGGAUUAGAAGACUUUAAGGAACAAACUGUUUCUUCGGAUUCACUUUCUGGCGGCUUUAUUUCAUGUUAUCUCCGCUUGGUUGUUAAUGUUGAGUUUGAGACAUCAUAUUAGUUUAA